GUGACCGGUGGGGUGGUGACGGCAGUAGUGAGCGGUGUGUGCAGUGAAGCUAAAGCUAAAGGCAGAGAAGAAGAAGGUGAGCAGAAGUUUCAGCAGGUACCUGUGUUUGGACGAAGAUGCCGAUUAGAAAAUAACAGCAGUGUAACGAGCUGUCUGGUGUCGUCCAGGCAGGGUCUGAUCGACAGAUGCCUUCAUCAUGAUGCAGAGCUGCAGCGCCCUGGUCGUCGCCCUCCUGCUGUCCCAGGCCAGAGGCUUCCUGGGCCCCUCGGAGGACGACGGCGUCCCCGACGAGUGGGUCCUCCUCCACGUGGUUCAGGGCCACAUCGGGGCUGGAAACUACAGCUACCUGCGCCUCAACCACGAUGGCAGGAUCAUCCUGCACAUGCAAAGCCUCAAGGGGGACGCGGACCUCUACGUGUCAGAUAAAACCCUGCAGCCGAGCUUCGACACCUACAAGCUGCAGUCGGCCACCUGCGGCCAGGACGUGGUGGUGGUGCCGGGGGACUUCGCGAGGCCUGUGGGCAUCGGUAUUUACGGCCACCCGUCCCACCAGGAGAGCGAGUUUGAAAUGCGGGUGUUUUACGAUCAGACGGUGCCCCAGAACCCGUUCGACAUGGGAUCGUACGCCUCAGAAGACGGACACAAGCCAAGGAAGACUCCUCAGGCGGCAGAGGAGAGCGAGGAGUCGAUCUUUUGGACAAUUCUCAUCGGGCUUUUGAAGAUUAUACUCGAGAUUUUGUUUUGAAAAUUUAGUUUCCUUCCUUCCUCGCUGCUGGAGGAGACCCAGGUCUCGACACAUUAAAGAAGGUUGUUUCCUUUCAUUCUGUAAGGAUGAGAAAAUAAUGUCACACCAAACUCCAGUGAGAAUUCUGGCGUUUUAACAGCUCUUUGCUUGUGAUCAAACAUACACACUGGAUGGAAACAGUUGAAGCCUGACUGAUCACAAAGUCUGUGUGUUUGGUGAUAAGCAAAUGAACAGAGUCGGCAGAGUGUUACUUUACUCUGGUGUCCACAUGUUUAACUCACGGCCUGAAUUUUGGUCUCAGUGAUUUUUUUCAUUGUUGAACUUCAGUUCAACUAAAAAGAGCAGGAGGAGGAUGUUUCUUUAGUCUUAAAGGAUAGUUUGGGUUUAUCAAACACUCACUAAAUGUAAAGACUUAUUGGUCGCUGUGGUCGUUCCUCCUGUUCAUACUUCCUAACAUAAAAGAUGAGGAACAACAUUAACAGCUAAUAUGAAGCAGCAGCAGUCAGAGUUAAAGCCUCAGUGUGUUUUAAAUUAGGAACAGCCAUGUCUAAAAGCAAAAGUGUUGAUAACAGAGCGCUGUUAACACCUGGCAUUAACACAACAUCUGUAGCUGUACCAGUCUUGAUAAGGAAAGACACACGUUAACGCACACAGACGUCAGUCAGACCACAUCUAGAGGUCUAACUUGCACAUUAAAGGUCUAGACUGUGAAAAUGCGGGAUACUCCACCACGGCCGGGUGCAGAUAUAUUUUUGGGAUGUCGGUGGGACAGUUUGAGGGCCAAGUACUGGGAUCCUUAAACCCAGAGUCUCUGACAGUCUGUGUGAUUGUGAUGCCUUUAUGUGCAGUGCAAAAGCUCAGAAAAAUCAACCUCCUUGUGCUGCGUGUGAAAGUACUCACAACAAAAACAACGGUUCAAAAAUCACAAGAAAAGUGUAAAUGCAAAGUGGAUCAGGUGUCGUCAUCCAGAUCACAUUUCCAGUGAGAGUCUGUUUUACUCAGCUUCUUCCAAACCAGGUGGAACGAGGCAGGAGCAGUUUCACCUUUGAGCCGACAGUGGAGGUAGUUACAGAGCUACACUGGGCUAAAAGGGGCUAACAACAAGCUGUGAAUUAGAAAAAUCAGACAUCAGGUCGUUCAGAUGCUUUAAAUCAGACAAAUGAGCAGAGCAGCUCAGUUAUCUGUUUCUGAAAGUUUCUUUUUGACAAACCUGUAGCUGCCGUCGUUUUCUCUAUGAAAUUCUCUCUGGUGUUUCCUCGCUGAGCAGAGGAAAAAAACCCCACCAGAAAUAAACCUCCACACGGCCGCCAGGAUGAAGACACCCACGUCAUUUGACUACCUCAGACCUCAAAGUGCUGAAACCUGCUCCCGUCAUCAUCAGGAACCACUCCAGCGACCUUUAACUCUCAGCCUGUUCUUAUUACCGUCAGAAAAAAUCCAAACUCGUCUUUUUAAACUCGUCAUGAAUCAGAUCGGCUGUCUCUCGCCUCGGCCUGUGAAUGAAUGAAACCACUUGUCUUAACUCUGCAUAUCAACAUCACACAGAGCGUUUGGAUCAAAACCUUAGCAAUACAGUCACUGUCGGCCAUUUAGACACACACACACACACACACCGGGUUCCCACAGGACAGGUCGACUUUGACUCUGUCUUCAUUUGCUGUUUCCUGGAUUGUUUGAGUUUUAGAAAUGGGAGCCUCCUUUUUAACGUGAACAGCAACAUCUCAUUUGCUUUUUUGGAUCAUUCUCUUCUCGUUUUUUGUUUCGCCUGUUGGACAAGCUCCUGAUUUAAACAUCACCUCCAGCGUCGGGGUUCAGUUGUCGUCACCUCUGAGCAGAAAUGUUCGACAGUGCCUUCGAAGAUCAGUCGUCCGCAGGGAGACGACGCCGUCAGGUUUCUAAAUAAAACAGUUACUUUUGCAGACUGUUAAAA